UAUCGCUUCGCGCCCAGUCGCAGCAACGGAACUACCUCGGCGCCUGACCAUUCGCUGCAAGACCUGACGCCCUACAAGCUGCCGCCACCGCAUUCAUGCGCCGACCGCCCCGCCGUCAUCCAUGACUACUCUCGUCCGGACUCGCCAGUCGCUACAAGUAUUGAGCAUGAGCAACCGGUCGGAACGACGCAGCAAACGCCUCGCGGGUACGUCGCUGCCCCUCCUACCGUCGCGAGCGUUACCGAGUAGCCAGGAACUGGACCCACAGCGGCAGCAGCAGCCAGCGGCGGGGACCAAGGGGAGAAAGCGGAAGGAUGCUGAUGCUGACUUGCCCUCCGCAGCCGCAGCAGUCUACGACGAGCAGGAUGGUGACUUCUUGUUUACGCGGGGUUCAAAGAGGGCUAAGACCGUCCCAGCGGCCGGGGAGGAGCCAGAGAUAGAGCCAGAGCCGACGCCAGCACCAGCCCCGGCAAAGAAGAGGGGGAGGCCGCCAAAGGCGGAAACAAGACGACGCGCCUCACCGCCAGCACCGGCGCCAGCAUUACAACCACCACCUUCGCAAUCCAGGCCAGCGGCAGCAACAGCAACAGCCACAACGAGGGGGAGGAGAGCGAAGAGGAAAUCAAGUCUGGACCAUGAGUCCGCGGCCCCACCACCACCACCACCACCACCACUAGAGGAAGAAGUAGCUGCGCCCAGAUCCAAAGUGAGGCGAAAGGGACGCGAACCAACGGUCGAGAAGAGGACUCAGCCAAGGGGGGGUAGAUCGGCGCAAGUGAAUGGGGCGCAUGAAGCGGAAGAGGAGGUAGGGGACGAAGACGAUGGCGAUCGACCAGAACUUCCGAGGCGCAAGGAAAGGACGCCACGGGCCGACCUACCUGUGCAAUCUCAGUCCCAGGUCAUCGCCUUACCUUUCAGCGAUACGCCCAUAAUCAACCGCAACAAGGAAUUCCGCAAGAAGGGCGGGGCAAGCGGCGGCCGGCGGAGCAGUUUGGGCAUGCGCGGGCGGCGGGCUAGUUCGCUCAUCGACAAUGGGCAUAACGCGCUCCCACACCGCGAGGUCGACCCGUCCGAGUUCUACAAGUACAUCGCGGCGGAUGGGCUAAGCGAACCGCGGCGGAUGAAACAGCUGUUGAUUUGGUGCGGGGAGAGGGCGCUUAGUGAAAAACCACCGCACGGAAAACCGGGGUCGAGUGCGGUUCUGGGGGCACGCGCUAUUCAAGAUCAGCUUCUCAGGGACUUUGGGGCGAGGUCAGAGUUCUCGGACUGGUUUGCGCGGGAAGAUGCGCCCAAACCACCAGUGCCGGUAGUCCUACAACCCAAUCCACGGAACGUCGACUACGACGCCAAGAUCGCAGAGCUAGAGGCCAAGAUUGAAAGAUUAAAAGCGCAAAAGAAGGCUUGGCAAGCCAUCGCCGCCCCUCUCCCCACGCUAGAACCCCUAUACCCAGAUCCCUCCGACCCGCGCAAAGCACCCCUGCCAGAUCCCGCCCUCCUCGACGAAUCCGAAGCCAAGAUCUUCUCCGCCCUCACCAGUCCAGACACGGCCUUCAGCUCCUUCAAGCGCCAGGUCCGCUCCCGUCUGCAGAACGUGCAGUCCGCGCUCGAGUUCAAGGUGGACCAGCUCGCCGACAGCGUGCACAAGCUCGACAUGCGGGUCGUAACGGCGGGCCGGGAGGCGGACGCAGUGCUCAAACUCAGUGCCGCGAGGCUUAGGGAGCGCGAGGAGAGGGAGAAGGAGAAGGUCGGGACGAAGGAGGUACCGGUUAUGGAGGUGCUGAGGAGUCUGGGCCGGAUCCUACCGGAAGGGGGUUGAACUCUUAUCUCUCUUUCAGGGGGAUAUAUUCAAAACUGGGGGUUUGGCGCGUGCUUUCAAUGAAAGAAUGAAUGGCAUAAUGAUAUCGCGGAUUGCGUUGGUGUUCUCGGUUCUCGGGUUGCGGGGUUCGUUGCAUAUUGCUGCUGCUGAUACUUUUGUUGCUGGGCAUACCGCGGAGACUGGACUC